AUGCCUGCCGACACCUUGUCUCUAGCUGGCAAAGUCGCCAUUGUCACCGGUUCCGGCCGGGAGAACGGAAUCGGAGCUGGAAUUGUCGUGGCUCUGGCUCGUAACGGGGCAGCUGUCACCAUCAACUACGUGUCUGACUCUGUAACAAAGAGAGCACAUGAUCUUGCCGAUAAUAUCAAAGCUGAUGGUGGACGAGUGACUGUCGUCCAGAGCACUGUUGAUACUGAAGAGGGGGCCCAAUUUCUCGUUCAGGAGACCUUGAAGGCUUUUGGAACAGACCACAUUGAUAUUUUGGUUAACAACGCUGGAACUGGGUUCGCAGGCGACACUCUCAAAGUCAAGCCCGAAGAGAUUGCAAAAAUGCUCGACGUCAACGUGAAGGGGCCAGUCUACGUCGCACAAGCUGCAAUCCCUCACAUGCCUCAUGGAAGCCGAGUGAUUAAUAUCUCCUCAAUUGCGGCGAGACUCGGCCUCGACGAUCUGCCCAUCUACGGCGCAUGCAAAGCCGCUCUAGAUAGUCUCACCUGGUCGUGGGCUAAAGAGUGGGGACGAAGCAGAGGCAUCACUGUCAAUUCUGUUGCUCCAGGCCCCGUCGUGACGGACGUCGUCCCUCCAGAAUUUGCCGACGUUCUCAUGCAGCCCCUGAGAGACUUAACACGAGCUGCAGACAGAUUGGGUACUGCUGAGGACAUCGCUGACGCCGUGCUUCUUUUGGUGUCGGAGAAGGCGCGUUGGAUUACUGGGCAGUAUAUUUCAGUUAGCGGAGGGAUCACUGGUCUCUGA